AUGGACAUAAGUCACCCCACACUUUUUUCAUUAGGUCAUAAAUCAAGGCUCAAGUAUAAAAUAAUGCCAAAGUAUAAAUAG